AUGCACAUACCAAGCCCUAAGUUGUGGACCAGCUAUGUCUUCCGUAGCAGAAAUGAUCAGAAUAGCUCUAGACCCGUCGAACAGACCAACGGCGACCGGGGACAAGGAAGAACCCCUGCACGUAAUAACGAAGGACCCCCAUCAGGAGGAUCCACCUCAUCUGGUAACGAUAAUGACCUGGAUCGAAGGGGUAACCCUCCUCAGAGCAACCCCCCUCCCAGUAAUUGGUAUGUUCCUCCUCGAGGCAACGAAGGAGGAGGAGGAGGCGAACCUGGGGGCGGCGGAGGUGGCGGCGGAGGUGGGAACGGUAACCAUAAUAAUCCCGAUCCUCAAGAUCCCAACUAUCCUCCAUGGUGGCGAACUCCCGAAGAAUGGCAAAUCAAUCGCAAACUGAAUGCCAACGUCCUGCCUGAGUGGGAUGGUGCCGGGGAGACUGCCAUAGAUUAUUUGAGCAGAAUGGGUUUCUUAGCUGCUCUGAGUUCUAAAAUGAAGGAAGGCAUAGCCCAACUAGCCCCUUUCAAGUGGACCUCCUACGCCUUAAGUUGGUGGGAGACUCUACCAACCCCCGACAGGACCUAUUUCCAGUACUUUACCCUCCCCCAUGAGUUCCGGCGGACUCCAGUGGACUCCCAUAGAAUGUCGGAAUUCCAUCCGGAGUCCACCGGAAUGGUAGGAAUCUCAAAUUCCAGUGGAUUCUGCCGGAUUCUGAAUGGAAUUCCAAUGGAUUCCAUUGGAUUCUGA